GGAUGGAUAAUACGGUAGAUUUUUCUAGCAAUUCUUUUGGGCGAAAGCAGUGGUGAUAGGCCCCUAAAUUUUCUCACACUGUUAUCGCUGCUUCCUCAACGGGUGGUGCGCGUGCCGUGUCCUCAAAAUAUUCCUUUCUUAAUUUGUUGUUGCCUGAAGGUCCACGCACAGAGCCAGCGGAGUAGAAUACCAGAGAGAGAGUUUCGGUUGAAGUCGCCAUGACCGUUCAGGCGUCGUUUUACAGCGUGGGAGUCCCAAGCUUCGCAGCUCCACCACCAAAUCGCUCCCGCCAUGUAAUACGGGCGAAAGCGAAAGUGGAGCCUUCAGAGAAGUCUGUUGAAAUAAUGAGGAAGUUCUCAGAGCAGUAUGCUCGUAAAUCAGGAACAUAUUUCUGUGUUGAUAAAGGAGUCACUUCUGUUGUUAUCAAGGGAUUGGCAGAUCAUAAAGAUUCACUUGGCGCACCACUUUGCCCUUGUAGGCAUUAUGAUGACAAAGCUGCAGAGGCAGGGCAGGGGUUUUGGAACUGUCCAUGUGUUCCAAUGAGGGAAAGGAAGGAGUGCCAUUGCAUGCUAUUCCUAACACCUGAUAAUGAUUUUGCUGGAAAGGAGCAGGCCAUCUCCUUGGAAGAAAUCAGGGAAGCAACAGCAAAUAUGUAACCAUCGGUUUAUUAAAUUCACUUGAGCAAUAUGCCCACUUGUAUGUAUGAUUGUAUCCAAAUCAGAAAGUAGUGUCAUGUAUCCUUUGUUUUACUUUUACCACUACCCUCGUUCUUAUUCCUCUUGGGAUGCGCUUCUGUACAUUCAACUCUGGCCUGGUGAGAAUUAAUCCAAUAAUGAAUUUAAAGGAUUAUUAGGGUGCCCGAGUUAAAAAGUUGA